CACAACUCAAGUUAUUCAUCAGUGACUCCCACUUCAACUCACUUCAUCCAGUCAACAUCCAAACCAACAGAUUCAUCGCCAAGAUGUCAUCAGUUCAAACUGUCGGUUUGUUGGCUCGAUAGUCCACCUUACCUAUUUAAAGAUGAUGAUACUGGAAACAUUUCUGGGGCCUUCAACGAGGCAAUCGAAUUUUUACUUAGUAAAUGUAAAAACUGCAACCUUGAGCUACUGGUGUCUCAGAAACGGUGCGAAAACUCAAGCUUUAAAUUAAACUACACGCAUCAAGUAAAGACCGCUUCGGAACUAACCGAAUGCAUGAAGAUGAAGUCUGGGUUUGACCUGGUGUUUCCAGUGCUUAGUUCCUAUGUAAUGAGCGACAACUUUCACAAAGUUCGGUUCCAAGAUUUAAUAAUUUCGCCGGGCAUAGCUGUGGUGAAGAAUCGUGACGUGUUGGCCGACAAGGCGAGAUGGAAUGUGAUUAAAGAGUUUUCUCAAAUAUGGACAGUCAUAGUACUGGCUCUCCUGUUAAAUGCGAUAUUUGGAAUUCUAAUCUGGGUAUUG